UCAGAUCAAUGCGUCACAUAAAAAAAUUAAAUUGAGCAAAUGAAAAUUUAAACUAGAGGCAAAAUUGUCUCUCACAUUGGGUGACCAGCCGUAAGGUAACCGUUAUUUUCAGCAACAGAGGAAAGAAGGCCUCUGCCGGACUGAUGUUCCUGCCAAUUAUCCCAGUUGACUAGAUCAACGUUUAUAACCAGUUGGCUAGUUCAACAACUUAAAAAUUGGAGUACUCGUUACCAUGGGAUCUAUGAGCUUUAGCAACAGACGUUUUUUAUAAAAAAUUGUCAGCAGCUGUGUUUUUUAGGUUUGCUAAAAACUAUGCAUCAAGUUUCACCAUUUGAGCAGUUCUGCAAAGUUUUCAAGUCGAACAAGCAAAGAAUGAAUCAAUUUAGGGACUUCCUGUUUUUAUGUCAUAUCACAACAACUUGUGAUGCAUCCAAGGGAAAAGGCCCCUUGUAACUAACAACAAACGAAAAAAUAGCACAACUAAUUUAGGUGAUACUGCUGGAUAGAGGAGUUUCGAAGGAAAAUUUUGGUAAAACACCCAGAAAUGUCUGAGCAAACUGAGUCCUCGGUUCCAAAGAUGUUUUUGAACUGUUAACGAAUUCACUGCCUCAGGUCUAGCCAAUUAGAACUAUGCCUUCGUCUCAUUCUUAAGUGCUCAAGUUACGAAUGCCUCAAGGAACCAUUCUUCUCAUCACACCAUUAAAUCAGUUUUUAUAAUUUCUUGGCAAGAUUUUUUCAAAAUAAAUUUUACAAAUGAAGCUGCAUAGGUAUAUGCUUUCAAUGGAAACCGGAAAAGCAGGAACAAUCCUUUAACAGCAUCUGUGUGCGGUCUAUCAAAACUUUACAUCAUUUAAAAGCCUUGGAGGGCAAAGCGCGGAAGUGCAGUUUUUGAAGAAAAUUGUGGUAUUAAUGAUGUCAACUAAUAGUCUUAAAAUAUAGUCUGUGAAAAAUUCACUAUUAAAAUCCAAUUUUUAAGCAUCAAAAAGUGAGCUUGAACAUUCCUUUCACCUCAAACCUCUAUGUAAUUUCGGAACUUGAAAAAUGUAUUUUUUGACUACCUAGUGAAAACAGAACUGCACUUAUGUACCUACCUAAUACGCCAAAAUUGUCACGCACCUCUUUCCAGUAGUAACAAUUGCAGCAGUCAAUAUUGAAGGCGAACUGAAAAUACUCUGGAAAUUCAACUGCUACGGCAUAUAGAUUAGUCGUUCGGCAUUUUUUAUCAGAUGGCACAAUGUAGGUAAUAGUUUGUAAACUUUUUUAAGAACUUUUCUUGCAACACUUGACUCGAUUUCAAGGUUUCAUUUUAAAACAGCGAUUAACAAAUAUCGAGAUACUUAAUGCAAUUUUGCCAAGAACCCAACCGUUUUCUCGUUCCAAUCUAGGCAUUUGUGGGAAUCGAUUUUUGUAGUCUUUUAAGCAUUGAUAUUUUCCGCAUUUCAUUCACAGUUAUUUUUCUGCAGUAGGUAAAAUGCACAAAAAUGUUAAUAUGGUGAAAGAGGAGAGAAAUCAGAAAUCUGGCAAUAGAGCUGAUGGUCAAAAUUGGCGGGAGCAGACAGCCAAUCAGAGGUGAUAGAUCGCCUCUUUCCCCCACCCCCCGCGUUGUUUACUUGUUUGUUUUGAUUGUUUCUAUGCGCCCACAUGUGUUAUUGUGUUUUGUUAUUGUAAUAAAUAUGUGAUAAAUUAUCGUGGUUUUUCGUGGCGCAUUCCUUUAAAACGUAUCAAUUAAAGUAAUCACCAGCAUAAACAUCAACAGUCACAGGAAAUUGUAAACUACAGCAGGUUCCAAACCACCUUUUUCCAGUUUUUGUUAUCGUUUGGAUCUUCAGAAUGAACAAGCCGAAGAAGAAAAAACUGACGAAAAGAGAACGUGAUAAACUCAAAGAAGAGCAGGCAAAGCAGCAAGCAAGAGAGCUAGAGGCUGCAAGACAAAGACAGAUUGCAGAAAAGAAGAGAAAAGCUGCAGAGGAGAAAAGACUCGCCAAACUUAAAAGAGAAACUGAGCUCGCCAACCAUGCCAUCCGAACCAAAACACUCGUCAAUUCAUGUAAACUGUUCGCGCAGAUGAAGGAAAGUAAAACGCAACAAGAUAUCGCAUGCAGAGAUCAAAUAGAGUGGCAACAUUUUAUCAACAACGAUGGUCUGCCAUUUCCAAGCAAUAUCAGCGCAAUGAACACAUACCUGUAUCUGUGGAAGCUAGAGACAGAUUGUUACACAAUAGAUCAUGCAGAACGGAGGGCACUUGAAGUAUUAAAGUUACUGGAUUAUCUGAAUGAAGUUAUAGAUAUUCCUCUUGAUAAACCACCGCUAACUGUGGAAAUGUGGAAAUCUGUGCGAUCUGAUUUCCGAGAAGAGCUCCAAAGCAGGAUCGAUAAGGCAACGUAUUUGAUUCUGCGAAACUUGGAGGAAAAUAUGAUCCACAUUGACCUGGAAACAGUGAAGUAUUUGAAACAGUGCUCCGCUUUCAUCCUAAGUCUCUGGAGCGUUUUGAAGCUCCCGCGAUCUAGCAACGAUGACAGGCCAUCACCGACCAUUGAUUUCCCCGAUUGCGGAGUCAACAUCCAGCUACCACCGCAAUUUUCUCAAUCUUUCAUAGCUGUCCGCACUUUGUGGCUCAAGUAUAAUCACUUUUCUGACCUCAGUCGCUCGUGGAACAAACCGCAAGUCUCUUUUGAUGAAGAGGAUGACCUCUUUGAAUUCACGAAUAAAAAGUGGGAAGAAACUGAAAAAAUUCGUAAGGAAAUUGAAGAAGAGGAAAUAAAACAAGAAAUUGAGAGGCAGAAAUUAUUAUUCGUGAAGAAGAAGUCAAAACAUCAACCUCCUUCAAGUGAGGCAUCCGACUCGUUGAAAACCUUUCGCUUGAGUGAUAAGACGUUUUCAAAAGACAUACUGCUCGCGGAUAUUGAGAAGCUGGCUGAGUCUCAGUCACCGAUGAAUGAUGGCUCUGAAAAUGAGUUUGAUCUCACGAAAAGUGCUCCGAAAUCCGGGGAGCAGUCGCCGUCGUCUGAAAAAGCAGCACAGCUCGAUUUGGCUAAUGUAGACAGCCUCUCCAAAGGCCUGGACUCACCACCAUCUGAAGCGAAUGAUGAUGUAAAAGAGAUUGAAUAUCCUGCCUCACCAGUUUCACAAAGAGCCAAGUCUCCGAAUCAAAUAUGGGCUGAAAAAGAAGAGAUGAAGGCUGAAAGAUUGCGAGAAGCUCUCACGCUAGAGUUAGAUGAGAAGGAGAUAAAUCUGCGACGCUAUGUGGUUCUUGGUGGCGUUUUUCAUCUUGAUCUUCUUCAGCAGCCGUCGCAAGCACAGCAGCUGGCAAAUAAAUGUUAUUUGACUUUGCUGACAGGACCGCAGAAUAUCCAGCCGAUCAACUAUCUGGAGCUGUAUGAACCUCCAGCGCCAUCUCAAGAUGCAUUGUUGCAGACGAAAACUUCUUCAGAAGAGGAGGAACAUGAAGCUAAAACUAAGAAAGAAGGACUUGAGAAACUGGUCACCAUAAGCAUCGUGCUACCGGAUAAUAUAUUAUGGUUUGAACCACCAACAGUUGUACAAUGGGAUGACCAGCACAAAUAUUGGUCCACUCAAUACAUAUUCGACCAAAAAUUUAAUGAAGAAAAACAGGUUGUUGUUUUUCGCGCUGGUCGCAUGCGUCCAUUUGGACUGGCGACGUUCCGAUUCAGCAACCUCCCAUACCAGACAUGGGAAAUCCGACCUGGCCCUGGAAGUACCAUAUCAUUUUCCAUCACAGCCGCCAUUAUCAUUGUUGAAUUUCUUGUCAAAAAUGAUGAAAUUUGUUUGAAUCAGCUUCAAAAUGCUACAAGCACAGCACUCCAAGAGUUAGUAGGAAUCUUCUACAAGCCACAUAAAUUAAUGAAGUUGUUAAGAGAAGGCGGCGUAGACUUAUUUCCCCCUGACGACGCUUUUCUUUACCUCGAGAACGCAAGGAACAAACACCAAAUCACAGAGAACCAUGUCUACCACUGUAUGGCUCUUCUUGCAACUACUCACAUGUUUUCCUGGUCGCGUUGGAAUUUACUGGCUGCUCAUGAGAAUAUUGUCUUUCAAAUCAAAGAAUUGGCACGACAAACGAAACAAAAAUUGACCAAUUAUCAGAUGUUACUGGUCACACCUUGGUGCGCCAGAUUGGUGGUCUGCACGGAAGUGAGUCAGGCGUUUAUGGAGGAAGGAAUAGAGGGCAUGAGCUUUUACGCGGACCUCUACAAUCUGGUCAUGGACUACGGUUUGGAAGAAACAAAAGAGAGCAUCAAAGAGGUAUCGGUCACCCUCGCUCAAACCUUGUUUUAUUUAUUACGAAAAACUAGAAUUCUAACAUUUUCUUAAGUCGUUUAAGUAAUUGUUUAAUCAAUAAGAGUGCCCUCAACCGUCAGGGAUGAGGGGAAACAACAAAGAAUGUUUGCACAAUUUUGUGGACGGCUGUGCU